AGGCCCAAACACAAAAUUGAGCAGCCAAAUUUGUCGGUUAUAGGUGCAAACAAAUCAGUGGAACUGGUGAACCCGACCCAUCAGAACUCUUCCCUCAUCUCUCUAACUCUCAGUUCACCCUCAGCCGCCGGCGUCCGUCAACCAUCAACCACCAGGACUCAACUUUCCUUCGCCGCUCUAUUCGCGAUCUCUCUUACAGCUAUUUCAGGCGAGUCGACAAUCACACCUUCUCUAUCCUUCUUGAAUUUCUGCUGGUUGAGUCCCAUUUAAAGUUAGAAGGUCUUUUCUCCUUCUCUUGUGAUUGAUCCUUAUAGAAGUGAAACGAGAAUGGUACGGCCUUAUGGAAAAAAAGGUCAUAAGCGAAAGAGAGAGAAGUAUGAUAAAGAAGAGAUAGAACAAUUAGUUGAGAAGGACACUGCAGGAACAACUGAAAAAUCAAAGACAGCAGGUGCCAUUCAGGACGAGGAGAAAGCAGAUGAAGUCGUACAUGAGCUUGCAGGUAUUCCAAUUGUCCCAUGCGAUCAGAACACCAAGACAGGGGUUAUUUUCAUUCUCGAGAAGGCUUCUUUGGAAGUUGCAAAAGUUGGAAAGAGUUACCAGCUUUUGAACUCGGAUGAUCAUGCUAAUUUCCUGAGAAGAAAUAACCGGAAUCCUGCUGAUUACAGGCCUGACAUUGCUCAUCAGGCUAUCCUGACAAUUUUAGAUAGCCCAGUAAAUAAAUCUGGGAGGCUACGAGCUUUGUAUGUGAGAACAGAUAAAGAUGUUCUUUUUGAAGUUAAGCCUCAUGUUCGUAUUCCACGGACAUAUAAGAGGUUUUCUGGAAUCAUGUUGCAGCUGCUACAAAAACUUAGUAUAACUGCUGUUGGUAAGCGUGAAAAGCUUUUACGCGUGAUCAAGAAACCUGUAACCCAAUAUCUACCCAUCAACUCUAGGAAAAUAGGCUUCUCACAUAGUUCAGAGAAGUUGGUUGAUAUGAGGGAUUAUGUAGCUGCUGUUAAUGAUGAUGUGAACCUCGUUUUUGUGGUUGGUGCGAUGGCCCAUGGGAAAAUUGAUAAGGAAUAUGUAGACGACUUUAUAUCAAAAUCCAAUGAAAGAGCUGAGGGGGAGCAACCAAAGUGCAUGUGGAGUGCUAAAGUGUACAAGAUAGCAUGCUGCUUUGUUCCUCAUCCUCCAAAUGCAUCAGAACAUGCUAAGAGGAACCAUACCCCAAAUAGGCUGCACUAUCACAUGGUUAUAUCCCUAUAACCAGCUAGCAAAUGUAUCACUAAACAAUCUGGAAACACUGGAUGCAACGGAAAAAAGAGAUUUACCAUAAGUCCCUCAAACCGGACAGUUCAAUAAAAGAU